CACACUGACAACAUCACUCUUCCGCAAGACGCCAUGAAUUCAGUUGAGGAGAAAACUGUGUUUAUGUGUGCGUUAGAUGGAGAUGUAGAGGGAAUUAAGAGUAAGCUGGGAAAUGAGACUGCCUCGGAUAAUGGCCAAUCGCCGAAUAUAUUCCAUGAAAAAGAUGAGGUGGGCAGAAAUGCGUUGUUAACUGCGUGCAUGUUAGGACGAAGCGGGAUCGUGCGCGAGCUAGCAAAGAGCGGAGCUGACGUCAAUGAGCACACCGUGCGCGGCUACACACCAUUGCAUUGUUCUGCCAUGUGGGGUCAGCUGGACACUUUGAAAACGUUGGUUGAGCUUAAUGCUGAUUUACAAUUUGUAAAUUUUCGUGGAGAAAGGGCAGUUGAUGUGGCCCGACGUUAUGACAAAUUGGACUGCGCAGAAUACCUCGCAUGUGCUGAGGCUAAACAAAGUCUGCAAGCAUUAAUAACUGAAGUCAGAGACACUAUCGCUGAUCCAGAGAAAGUUCAAGGAAAGCUCAAUAAGGAGGACAAGACCAUAUGUAUAAACACCUGUUCAGCAAAAUCAGACUGGAUACAAAAUGCCAAAAAUCCAACAAUUCAAGACUUCAUCGAACAGAAGAAACACCUUGAUGAUGUAUUUGCACCUAUUCUGGUCAAACUCAACACACAGUCUGAAGCCACAACAAAGCCAAGAAAGCAUUAGAACUAAAGUUUUACACACACACACACAUGAACACACACAAAUGCAUAAUGUUGUUCAAUUGUAAUAAAUUAUAUUACAUAAUAUUUAAGAAUUCGGAUAAUUAUUUUCCCUUUUACAUAUAGUUACCAAUACUGUUUAGUCUAACAUCAGAUGUUAUUCCUACAAUUCUUUUCCAGUACAAUUUGUGGUAUUUAUAAUUUUACUUUCACCUGAUAGGCUAGUAAAAAUAAUAAAGUCAAUGUAUCAUGUUACAACACAUUGUUGAAAUAGUUUUGUCCCCAGAGCUGCACAUCAAUCAUCUUUGACAAAAAUAAGUACUAAAAAAAAUUUUCCCAUGCAAGUGUUUAGUAUUAUAUUCUCUCACUAACAUGUAUUGAUUUUUGGUAAAUGUGUCAUUUUAACAUCGUAAACUGAGUUGUGUGUGUGUGUGUGUGUGUGUGUGUGUGUAUGCCCAUUCAUUUAUUAUCCACACUGUUAUGUCUUGAUAUUGUGACCUUUAAUUGAAGACAUAUGUUAUGAAAUGGCAUCACACACCGGAGGUGAUAUCAGCCUUCCAGAAAAAUUAUUUUGAUUUGUUUUAUAAGUACAUAACUCUAUUGUUUUUUUAUGUUUUCCUUUAUUUUGUGAUGUUAGUCAUAUGUGGUCAAGCAUAACACUUCCACUCUGUUAAAGGAAGAUAUAGGGACAAAUUUGAAUUUCAAUAAAUUUAUGUAAACAGAAAUAAAAUAAUCGAUAUAAAUGUAAAAAUAUGUUUGCUAGAUAUAUCAUUCACAGACCAUGUAGUGGCUAAUUUAUUCACUGAAUGUCCACACACACACACACACACACAUAUAUAUAUAUAUAUUUCAUAUUAUUAUUGUUAUUAUUACAUUUUAGUCAGUUUAGUGAUCUUGUGAUGCACUUAAUAAACACUAGAU